UCAUAAAAGGAGAGUUCGUUACGUCUAUUUUCUCGAAAGUAUAUUGUUUCUGUAUGUAUUUCGUCUAACAAAGUGUUGAAUUUUAUUUUUAAUCAUUUGGGACAUUUCACAUGUAGGUAUUGUCGCUGUCAAGUGUCAUUUAAAUUUUACAAAAUGGAAAAGUAUUAUUUUGUUUUCCACAUACAGAGAAGUUGCAGAUUUGCAUAAAAAGUAAGAAGGAUCUUUUCGAGAAAGUGUAUUUUAUGAUGGUCAUCUAGGUUUUAUAUUUAGCUAAAUGAUAAGGUAAUUAUAUUUGUGUAGUAAAUAUUAUAAAAUUCCAUUCUUUUGAAUUAAAAAUAUGAGAUUUAUUAUUUCAUAAUGUUUAGUUCAUUACCAAGUGCUACCAAGAUAUAUGUUAAUGCGAAUAAAACACGGCAGAAACAUUCUUCCAGCACAAAGAAAAAACGAAAAAAUGUUGUAUGUACUAAUUUUGCUUCUGAAGUUGGUGCUGGGGUUGAUACUCUUAUAGCAUCUUCUAUUGAAAUGAAAGAAGACGAUGAUUUUUCAUCUGGAAAAGAUACUUCAAAAAUCGAUAGUCCUGACCGAAAAUUUCAAAAUUUCUCCAAUGACGUCGAAAAAGAACUUAGUUUUGAGAAGACUGAUAAAGAUAAAAUUUAUAUUGAAUCAAAUAAUGUUCAUUUUUUUAAUAGUAGUUCUGUACCUUUUGCUGAUAAUAUUGUUGAUAAAAUUGAGUGCGGAGAAGGUCAAAAUGCCAAUGAUGAAGAUAAAUAUGUAUCUGAUGAACUUGAUGUAGAGCAGCUAACUCAGGCUACUAAUGAGUUGCAUGAUUCUCAAUGCAUUAAUCAAGAUCAGUUAUUUGAUAUGAAUGUGGAUGAGAAAAAAAAUAUCAUUAGUAAUGAUUUAUGUAGUAGACCAGUUGAUAUGGUAUCUACAGAUCAGCAAGUGGAAGAUUGUAUACAAGAAUGUCAAAGUAGUAAUGUUUUUGAUAAUGAUGAUCCUAAGUGUCUAAUUUAUACUACUGAUUUAUCAAAAGACUCUACUGGUAAUGAAGAUUCUAGUCUUGAUGUUAAUCAGAAUGUUCCCGAGCUUGUUGUAGAAGCUGUUUUGCCUACUAUAUGUGAUGAAGAUGAGUCUGCUGUAUUAAACGAAGGUUUUCAUACUGUAGAUUUUGAUCUAAAAUCUCCAGAAACUGACACUUCCAUUCUUGUUGACUUUGAUAAUUCACAUUAUGAAAAAAGUGAUAUUACAUUAGAUGAUUCUUUGCUUUCUGUGCAGUUUAAUGAUCUGACAAAAAAUCUUUCAUCCGAUAGUGCUUCAGUGAGAAGUGAUUGCUGUUUAGCUACAAACAUUUAUGAUGAACGUACUGAGCUUAUUGAAUACGAAAAUACAUCUGAUCAAGAGGAGCACUGCAUUGGUGAUUCUUCUAUGUUACCACAAAUGCAGUCUCCUGAGCAAAGUGAAUUAAGCUGUACAGAAAGUGCACGAUCUGAAAAUAAAAAUGGUGAUACUGUUUCUGAGAGUUCUGUCUCAUCAGGAAAACCAGAUACAAGUACUUCAGCUACAACUGCUUCUUCUGUAGUGCAUGAACAUCAGAAAAAUGGUACAACUACUUCAAAAGAUAUUGAUCCACGUGUAUCCUCUGAUGGCAGUUUAUACUGCAAAAAUAUUUUACCGUUUUCUGAAAUAUUUUCCCACUCAUUGCCAAAUCUGAGUAUUGUAAAGGAAAGGGCUGUAAAAUUUCAGUGUAAGAGUUUAAGUCAUUUAAAGAAAGCUUCUAAUUUUUCAGACAAAUCAACAGUAACUACAGAUAUUCAAUAUUUCUGUGAAAAUAGUAGAAAGGAAUGCGAAUCUUGUCAAAGCAGUAAAAAAGAAUUUAAAUUUGCAAAUGAGGAAAGUGUUGAACAGAAAACAAAUUCUGUAGACUCGCUGCUAUCAGAAGGCAGAUCGUCAACUUUCAAAAGUGUUUCAUCAACUGUUACGAAACUUUUACCACCAGUUGCUAUGAUGCAGGCCAGAUCGAGAAGCUAUGUCUUUGGAAGUAUAGGACCUUCAGGUUCUCUACUUGGAAAUGAAGAGCUGUUACGUUUUUUUCCGGAUAAAAAAGUGUCCAUUUUUAUGGGAACAUGGAAUAUGAAUGGUCAUGUAAGGAAAAAAUUCAAAAUAUAGUUUUUUUGUACUAAAAACUUCUUAAAUGAUUUAAUUAUAUAUCCAAAAAUCAUGUAUAUCCCCCCCCUUAAAAUCUGAAAAAUUAAAAGAACAUCUAUUAAAUUUUAGUUGCUCAUAUGAAUCUCAUUAACCCCAAAGCUGAACAUUAUAUUGCUAAUUAAAAAUAAUCUUCAGAUUGUGGUAUACAGUUACAAAGAAAUAUGCGGUAAAUCAAAUGUGCGUCAAAGCACCAAAUGUGGUAGCCUGUUUGUAUUGUGUCAGCAAUAGCAUCUUUGCAAGAAAACAGGAAGAAUGAUCAUUAAUCCAAUAAUUUUCAAUCCUAGAUUUUCAUUUCCUUUUGUGUUGAAGUCCAUGUAGUCAUUCUUCACUGAAUUUGUGCUCAGUGCCAAAUUUAUACUAUUUUCUGAUUUUUUCUAUAGUGAAAACAAAGUGUUGUGUACGUGCAGCAGCAGUUUUAUUUGCUCAAUAUACACAGUUUUUACUUAAAGAAGCAUCAGAGAAUUGCACAUUUUGUAAUUGUGUAUGCUAAGCAUUAUAUAUGUUACCUCUAAAGUAAAUGUGCACAUUUCCUAGCUAAUCUGCAGAUUAACUGAUUUGCUUUAAGUGCAGAAUCAAGAAUUUUCUGCAUUGUACCUAACGACAAUACGGAAGUCGUUACAUUAACGACUUCCGUAUUGUUAUAGUUCAAAAGUUGUUUCUCUUAUUUCAUUUCCCUCUUCCUCCACUUUGCACAAUACCUACUAAAUACUCACUAAUCUGCACAUUACAUAUUAGGUGCUCGCUAAACUGAAAAUGAAAUCUUUGCUGGAACAACAGCAUUGUUUCUGUAUGCUUAAAUUAACAUAAUGUUAUUUAUUUAUUUUUUGAUAUCUAAAGAAUCAAGUUAAUACAUUCAAACAGUCAACAAAUUAAUUGAUAGAAUCGAUCAUUAAUCAAUUAAAAAACUAUAAUACAAAGAAUAAAAUGGUUUAAAAUAUUAUUACAAUUAAGGAAAAACAUAUGAUAAAAUUAUGUUCUCUUAUUAGUGCAGUAUAAAGAUUGGUGACACUUUGAAUUACAUAGCAGUUACAUAGCAGCAGAAUUACAUAGCAGUGCAACAAGCACACCUAUUUGUGGUACAUUUAAAUUUGCAGUAACAUUUUCUGAAACCAUGUCCGAUCAACAAUUUAAAAGAUUAAUUGAUAGAAUCGAUCAUUAAUCAUUUAAAAAACUAUAAUACAAAGAAUAAAAUGGUUUAAAAUAUUAUUACAAUUAAGGAAAAACAUAUGAUAAAAUUAUGUUCUCUUAUUAGUGCAGUAUAAAGAUUGGUGACACUUUGAAUUACAUAGCAGUUGGAAUUUGCAACAAGCACACCUAUUUGUGGUACAUUUAAAUUUGCAGUAACAUUUUCUGAAACCAUGUCCGAUCAACAAUUUAAAAGUGAGGGCUGAUUUAAGCCUACUUAAAUUUUUCUGUUGUUCCAGCAAAGAUCUUAUUUUUGUUUUCAUGUAUACCUAGUAAUGUGCAGAUUAUCUAGGUAGUUUAUAGAUUACCUAAGUAAUUUGAGAAAUGAUAUAAUUUUUCACAUUUUAAUGGAUCACCCUGGUUAAUUUGCAUAUUAGCUCGAUAAUAUGCAGCAUAACUGAUUUCCGAACUUUAGCAGUAACAUAUAUAUAUAUAUAUAAUAUAUUUAUUAUAUAUAAAAAGUGUAUUCUUUUCUUGAAGUUUUAUGUAUCGUUAGGAUUGUGACCAACUAGUUAGAUUUUGUGCUUCCAUUUAUGUUUAUGCUAAUUUGCAGAUUAACUGAUUUGCUCGAUAACUCAAAAUAUAGUUUUUAACUAAUCUGCAGAUUUAUUAGUUAAUCUGCUAAGUGGUGGCCUGUUAACAGAAAAGUACAAGCUUAGGAAAUGCAUAAUUUACCAAGGGCUGAAAAAAAAAAAUGAAGAAAAACUACGGUUCUUUAUUAAUGCAUAAAUGUGAAAGAAUUAUACUGAAUAAGAAAUUCAAACUGAACAAUUUUUUAAUUAUUUUUAGAAUAUGAUUUGUUCUUUAAUUUUCUGACAAGUUCAAAAGAUAUUAUAAACUCUGUAAAAAAUUUUCUUCUAUAAAUGUUGAUAAAUUUGCAUGAAUAAAUUAUUAUAA